AUGGGCGAAAAGCGUCCGAUCUCCAAGGAUGCCUUAUUUGAUAUCUUUAAAAAUCAAAACGAGGCUGCUUUACGUUCUCCAACUCCCAGUCAUUUGUUAAAUAGAUCUGGGAAUUCCGCUUUUAGGACCCCCUCACUUGGAUCAACACCAGUAAACUAUAAUUUGUCUUUACAUCAAAGGGCUGAGCAAUUAUUAUUUUUAAACAAACUUAAUUUUAAUAGCUUUCAACCUAAUUCACCUUCUACUACCGGGAAUUCACAUGAAAAGAUGGAAAAUCAACUGAAAUCACCAAUUAGACCAUUGCCUGUGCGAGGAAGUUCUCCUCAGUUACAUUAUGCUCUUGGUUCUUUUUCAAACGGAAUUAAUGCGAAUCGUCUUAUAUUUGUUGACGAUACUCCAACUUCCAGGGUGGAAAAUUUAAAUAAUGACAAUAAUGAUUCAACUUGUCAAGAUGAAGAGGUUAAAAUGGUCUCGUUCAACGACAGAGAUUUCAAACAAACAAAUUAUCCGCAAAACUUUGAUAAAGGCAAACAAAUAAUACGAGAAAGCCAAAGUGAUCAAAUAGAACAUGCACCUGAAAAUGGAAAUUAUUUAGAGCUUAUCAAAUGGCACCUAAAAGUCGUAUCUAUUAAUGAUAUAUUUGUUCCAGAAGUAUCAGAGAGAAUUAAUUUAUGGGUGGUCUUGUCUGGAAUUAUAAAAGGAACACGUAAUAAAUGGCAUAGUGCUGUUGUAAUUGCAAGAGAGAAUAAUAAGCUUAUACAAACCGCAAAAGACAAGUCUUAUACACUUAUUGGGAAGCUAUCGGCUAAAAAAAUGAAGGCGGAUGCGUUUGAGGAUGGUUUUCCAGAGGAUUGGCGAGAACUUCUGCUUGCUGAAUUAGAACCUUCUGUUCAAGGUGAAAAAAUUGGUCCUUUAAGUAAUGAGCAGGAAACCGAAUUUAACGUCGAUUCAAAUAUUAGUAAUUUAAAAGAUGGGCUGGAAACUGAAUCGAACUUCGAUUCGAGUUUAAAAAAUGAACAGGAUACCGAAUUAAACGUCGAUUUAAGUUUGAAUCUUUUAAAACAUGAGCAAAGAACCGAAUUGAAUGUCGAUUCGAGUCCUAGUCCUAUAAAGAAUGAGCAAAAAAUUGAAACGAAUCUAGAUUUAAGUGUUGAUUCUUUAGGAGAUGGAGAAACUGUUACAUUUUCUGGUCGUCGCAUACGAGCACCCGGUAACUGGUGGGAAAUUAACUCUGAAACCAAAGUAAAAGAAGAAAAAGUAGAAUCUAAAAAACGAAAAUUAUCGUCUGUCGGAAAGCGCACUUCAUCAUCAUCCAUUGGAAAACAUACACCAUCAUUUACCAAUAUGAAACGUAAUUCAUCACCAAACAGUGCAAAAAGGAGGAAACGGAGUUUAUUUUACAGACGACCUCGCAAGCGACGUCCUUUACAAAAGGACAAUAUUACAGAAAAUAUGAGAAAAGCUUCUCAUGAAGAUAUUGCGAAUGAAAAAGAAAUUAAUGAAACAAAUACUGAAGUAACAAUGGUUGAUGUACCACGCCAUGAGGUUUACGUUCUUGUCGAGACUAGUAGAUAG